AUGUCGCAGAUUGUCCGCGUGGCGUUAUUUGCAGUAGAAAUCAUCCUGCGAUUCUACGUGCCUCACAGCAGCGACGCCGCCAGGGAGCUGCUGCUGGCCUCGCGCACCUGCGACCCGGCGGCGGCCCGCCGCGAGUUCGCGGCCAGCCGGGCCGCCGCGGCCCUGAGCGCCGCCGCGGCCGACGACGCGGAGGACGAGGACUUCGCGGUGGGCUCCGCGGACAUGCUCACAUGGCCGUCCCAGCGCACCGUCAAUGUGAUGGCGUGCCUGCCGAAGCCAGACGGGAUCACGCGGCUCAUUGCCCUGGUCUCCACCCUCGUCCGUGUCUGGGCCUGGGCCAGGCCCCCACUUCCGCGGCAUUGGAUUCGGCAGCAUCCCAGCGAAUGUGUAUUCAGCUUGCGGCGAGGCUACUCUGCAGUGGACUCGGCUUACAGCCGCAACAUCAUGGCGGAGGUGGCCCAUCUGCUCGGCGAGUCGAGCAUCACCAGCAUCCUGGACUUGCACAAGGCCUUCAACAGCGUCCUGCCGGGGCCGCUGCCGGAGGAGGCCAGGCUCCAGCGGCUGGGUACGGAGGCCGCUCCGCGCAGCCUCAUGGACGACCUCGCCUUGCAGUGGGCUGGCGAGGACUCUGGGGCAGGUCGUCUCGCGCUCCAUCGCGCAGCCGCGGAUUUCCUCGCCGACGCCGUGCCCCUGGGCACGGAGGCGAAGGCGAGCGGGCGAGCACUCGCAGCCUCGGCCACGACGCCCACGAGUGGGGCAGGGGCCCACUCGGUCACGCUCCACCCGGCCGCGCGGCGCGACCAGUGCAUGGGCCCAAGGCUCGACCUCACGAUAUUGCCAGAGGCCAAGUGUUGCGAUGUCUGUUCGGACGGCCGCUUGCCGCUCGUGCGCCUGCAGCGCGCUUGGCGGGCCGUCGAGCGCUCCUGGCUGGACAGCAAGCCCACGCGGGCGGGCCUGCGUGGGCCUUCGGCGGCUGCCUGGAUUAGCGUCUUCAGGAUUGACUGGACGAUGCAGUCGAGCCUUAUCCUCGUCACGGGCCUGGGCGACAUGACGGAGCUGCUGCAGACGCCUCCACAGGACGCCGCCCCCCUCGUGAGGGACGGCGUCCACUGCUGGCAAGGGCGCCAGAUCCUGAGCCAUCAUGACUCGACACCAGCUGGGGCCACGCUGCGGCCACUUGCCAUGCGGCGUGUGCUGGCGUCCCCGCGGGCGGCGCUGGUUGGUGCGCGCGCGGGCCAGCUUCGCAAACUCUGGGCCAGGGCCUCCUGGGACCUGGCCAAGCGGCACGAGAUGGGCCACCUCGCAGGCCCACACUGCCAGUUCUGCCCUGGCCAGGUGCGCGAGCGCAUGAUGAACGGGGUCUCCGCUGGCCUCGGGGACCAGGGCUACGACCGUGUUGGCUUGGUGGUUGGCUUCCCACUCGUCCCCGACUUCCCUCAGCCUGCGACGGGGGCGGAGGUCCACUUCUGUGGCGACGGGAGCCUCCGCGCCAGGUGGCGAAGCACGGUGGCCUGCAGUGCAGUGGCGGCCCUGGCCACGACGGUCUGGGCCCGCGCGUCGCAGGCGCGGCUGGUCGGCGGUCCCCAUGAGCACCGAGAGCUUGCCCAUCCGUGCCAUCUGCGGCGCCUUGCCCGGGCGACGACAGGCGGUGGGCGGGCCGAGCGCCGGGCCUUCCUGGCCACUCUCUUGCUCGCGGCCCUCGCCGCGGCCGACGCCGCCGCCCACCCUGGACCGGCCCCGGCGCUCUUCCGCGGGGCCGCGGCGCCGGUGCUGCUGCUGCAGCCGCGGGCGCUCUUCGGCUCGCGCGAGGCCGCGGCCGCCGAGCGCCUGCACGCGGCGGCGGCCUCCGCGAGGGCGCGCGUGCUGCGCGCCGCGGCCGCCGCGCUGGAGGCGGAGGCGGCGGCCCGCGCCGCGGCGGAGCGGGCGCUGUUCUGGGCGCUGCUGGAGCCGCGCGGCGACCCCGAGGCCGACGACCUCGACGGCGAGGCCGUGGCGCCCGGCGCAGUGGCGCUCGCCGACGAGGCGGUGCCCCUGCGCGUCGAGCGCGCGCCGGAGGGUGGCCGACCCGGCGCGGACGACGAGGCCCUGGCAGAGCGGCUCUCGGCCUGGUCGCGGGAACGCCGGUGAGCGCCGGGGCUGCGCGAAAUCGCGCGCGCGCGCCGGGGCUCGGGGGCGGCCAACGCAGACCCCCCUCGGGCAAUGAAAGAGUCCUGGCG